AUGGGGCGCGAGGAGGGGAUAAUGAUGAAUGUCCAACACUUCACGCCGGAAAAGGCGCCAUCCAUGGAUGGCGUCUCCUCCAGAAGGGCAGGUACAGCACGGGACAAGCAAGACAUGUGGCGUGCCGGGCGAGACCAGGAAUUGAAUAGAAACUUCCGUUUUCUUUCUGUUCUUGGGUUUACGGCGGUGCUGAUGUGCACAUGGGAAGCAGUCCUCUUUGGCUCAUCUUACGGAUUGACCAAUGGUGGUAAAGGAGGUAUGAUCUAUACUUACCUGGGGGGCCUGGUGGGGUUCAGCUUUGUGAUCCUCUCGAUGGCUGAAAUGGCAUCCAUGGCCCCAUUGUCCGGCGGUCAGUAUCAUUGGGUAUCAGAAUUUGCACCACCCAGUUCGCAAGCCCUAUUGAGUUACAUCACUGGCUGGAUCUGCGUGUUGGGGUGGCAUACCGGUAUUGCAGGAUGCUGCUAUACAGUAGCUAACAUGAUGGUUGGCGUGAUUUCCAUAAACUACCCUGACACAUAUACUUAUCAACCAUGGCAUGUCACACUGCUCGUCAUUGCGGUGGCUCUGGUAGCCUUGAUGUUCAACACUUUUCUGGCCCAGAAGCUCCCAUUGAUCGAGGGAAUCAUCUUGUUUGUGCACUGCUUCGGCUUUUUUGGAAUCCUGAUCCCACUUUGGGUCCUGUCCCCUAAAGUUACUGCUUCCGAAGUAUUUGGUUCGAUUGAGGACCGGGGGGGAUGGGGCAACAAUGGACUUUCGUGCAUGGUGGGGCUGGUUGGACCUAUAUAUGCAUUGAUCGGUCCCGAUUCAGCAGUUCAUAUGGCCGAGGAAAUAAGAGAUGCAUCCCGGGUGCUCCCUAUGGGUAUGCUCUGGACAUUGAUCCUCAAUGGGUCUACUGGGUUUGUCAUGAUAGUCACGUUUGCGUUCUGCGUGGGCGACAUUGAUCAAGUGCUUGGGUCUGAAACAGGCUUCCCCUUCAUCCAGGUCUUUCUCAACGCUACAGGAUCAGUCAGCGCCACGACGGGAAUGACGGUGAUUAUCAUGAUCAUGCAAUUUUGCGCGGCAAUCAGCAAUGUUGCCACAACCUCUCGACAGGUCUAUUCUUUCGCCCGAGACAAGGGUCUUCCUUUUUCCAGUUUCUUUGCAAAGGUUAACCCGACCUUCACUGUUCCACUGAAUGCCCUUUGCGUCAGUCUCGUGAUUGUCUCUCUUCUUUCCUUGAUCAACAUCGGAUCCUCUGUGGCUUUCAACGCCAUUAUGUCUCUUGGUACAGCUGCUCUUCUGUCCUCCUACAUAAUUUCCAUCACCUGCGUUCGUCUUCGACGCUGGCGCAAUCAGCCCCUUCCGCCGGCACGUUGGAACAUGGGCAAGUUUACCCCAAUCUGUGAUACCAUUUCCAUCCUCAUUUUGCUGGUAAUCUGGGUGUUCAGCUUCUUUCCCUUGACCAAGGAGGUAGAUCCAACUUCCAUGAAUUGGAGUGUGGCUAUCUUUGGGGGAGUUGUUGUCGUUUCACUCGGUUAUUAUGUGAUUUAUGCCCGCAAAGUCUACAAGGGUCCAGUGACGCGGGUGAAAACGAUACAGGGAUGA